ACUGAGCGAAUUGGUCCCCUGCCUGUGCCUUGAUGUAGCCAUUGGGCCAAGCCUUGCUCCUGGCUUCUUUACUGGGAUAGGAGCCACUAGGAUCUGGAGCUUGAGAUUCUAAAUUAAAGCUGGCCUCCGGCCAGGUGACCUUUUCUUUGAUUCCUUUUUCACCCGGGCAUCUCCAUCUCCGGUGGGAUCCGCCAGCAAGUCGGCCAGCAGCAUGUGGGUGACCAAACUUCUGCCAGUCCUCUUGCUGCAGCCCGUCCUCCUACACCUCCUUCUGCUGCCCACGGCCAUCCCCUCUGCAGCGGGACAGAAGAAAAGAAGAAAUACACUUCAUGAAUUCAAAAAGUCAGCCAAGACUACUCUAAUCAAAGAAGAUCCAUUAUUGAGGAUUAAGACAAAAAAAAUGAACACAGCAGACCAGUGUGCAAAUAGAUGUAUUAGGAAUAAAGGACUUCCAUUCACUUGCAAGGCCUUUGUUUUUGAUAAAGCAAGAAAAAGAUGUCUCUGGUUCCCCUUCAACAGCAUGUCUAGUGGAGUGAAAAAAGGGUUUGGCCAUGAAUUCGACCUCUAUGAAAACAAAGACUACAUUAGGAACUGCAUCAUUGGUAAAGGGGGAAGCUACAAGGGAACAGUGUCUAUCACAAAGAGUGGCAUCAAGUGUCAGCAUUGGAAUUCCAUGAUACCUCAUGAACACAGCUUUUUGCCUUCGAGCUAUCGGGGGAAAGACCUACAGGAAAACUACUGUCGAAAUCCUCGAGGGGAAGAAGGGGGACCAUGGUGUUUCACAAGCAAUCCAGAGGUACGCUACGAAGUCUGUGACAUUCCUCAGUGUUCAGAAGUUGAAUGUAUGACCUGCAAUGGGGAAAGCUAUCGAGGGCCUAUGGAUCAUACUGAAUCAGGCAAGAUUUGCCAGCGUUGGGAUCAUCAGACACCACACCGGCACAAGUUUUUGCCAGAAAGAUAUCCCGACAAGGGCUUUGAUGAUAAUUAUUGCCGCAAUCCUGAUGGCAAGCCGAGGCCAUGGUGCUAUACUCUUGACCCUGACACCCCUUGGGAGUACUGUGCAAUUAAAAUGUGUGCUCACAGCACUAUAAAUGACACUCAUGUCCCUAUGGAAACCACUGAAUGCAUUCAAGGUCAAGGAGAAGGUUACAGGGGAACUGUCAAUACCAUUUGGAAUGGCAUUCCUUGUCAGCGUUGGGACUCCCAGUAUCCACAUGAGCACGAUGUAACUCCUGAAAAUUUCAAGUGCAAGGACCUGAGAGAAAAUUAUUGCAGAAAUCCAGAUGGCGCUGAGUCACCCUGGUGUUUUACAACUGACCCAAACAUCCGAGUUGGCUACUGCUCCCAAAUUCCAAAAUGUGACGUGUCCAGUGGACAAGAUUGUUACCGUGGAAAUGGAAAAAAUUACAUGGGAAAUUUAUCCAAAACAAGAUCUGGACUAACCUGUUCAAUGUGGGACAAGAACAUGGAAGACUUACACCGUCAUAUCUUCUGGGAGCCAGAUGCUAGUAAGCUGAACAAGAAUUACUGCCGGAACCCUGAUGAUGAUGCUCACGGGCCCUGGUGUUACACAGGGAAUCCUCUCAUUCCCUGGGAUUACUGUCCCAUUUCCCGUUGUGAAGGUGAUACCACACCUACAAUAGUCAAUUUAGACCAUCCUGUAAUAUCCUGUGCCAAAACAAAACAGUUGAGAGUUGUAAAUGGGAUUCCAACACAGACGAAUGUGGGAUGGAUGGUUAGUUUGAAAUACAGAAAUAAACAUAUCUGCGGAGGAUCGUUGAUAAAGGAAAGUUGGGUUCUUACUGCAAGACAGUGUUUCCCUGCUAGAAACAAAGAUUUGAAAGAUUAUGAAGCUUGGCUUGGAGUUCAUGAUGUCCAUGGAAGAGGAGAAGAGAAACGCAAGCAGGUUCUGAACAUUUCCCAGCUGGUAUACGGCCCCGAAGGAUCUGAUCUGGUCUUGCUGAAGCUUGCUAGGCCUGCUAUCUUGGAUAGUUUUGUUAGUACAAUUGACUUACCUAAUUAUGGAUGCACAAUUCCUGAAAAGACCACUUGCAGUGUUUAUGGUUGGGGCUAUACUGGAUUGAUUAACUCUGAUGGUCUGCUACGAGUAGCACAUCUCUAUAUUAUGGGGAAUGAGAAAUGCAAUCAGCACCAUCAAGGCAAAGUGACUCUGAGUGAGUCUGAAUUAUGUGCUGGGGCUGAAAAUAUUGGCUCAGGACCAUGUGAGGGGGAUUAUGGUGGCCCACUUGUUUGUGAACAACAUAAAAUGAGAAUGCUCCUUGGGGUCAUUGUUCCUGGCCGCGGAUGUGCCAUCCCAAAUCGUCCUGGAAUUUUUAUCCGAGUAGCAUACUACGCAAAGUGGAUGCACAAAGUUAUUUUAACAUAUAAGGCCCAGCAGUCAUAGCUGAAGUGUCUGAAGCAUCCAUCAACCCAUAGAAAUCUUACAUGAAGAUUUCAGAGAAUGUGGAACUAAAAUGUCAGCUGAAAGAAUUUUAAAACAACUACUUGAGUGUCCUGUUUGUUAAGAUACUCACUAAUAUAUAGGGGUGUUAUCUGUUGUUCUGUUUGUCAGUGUUAUUUUUGUAAAUGUUGAAAUGAAUUAAGGUACAUGCAAGUGCAGUAACAUAUCUCCUGAAGAUACUUGAAUGGAUUCUUUAAAAUGCAAAGGUAUAAUUGCCAGAUGAGAAAAGAUUGAAUGGAGAAGAUCAAGUAGUCACUCACUAUGCUGCUUUCCAGGUUAAGUUCUUAAUGGUAAAUAAACUGUAAGUUAACUAUUAUUGUAACCUCACGAAGACAAUUUAUAACUUGUGUUCUUAAAUUGUAAGUCUAUAUUGAAUUAUGACUUUUCAUGUGCCACGUGUUGCAGUUCAUCCAUUCUUUCUUUCCAUGUAACCUGCAGUACUGGCCUACAAAUAUACUUAACAAAACAACAACAACCAAAAAAAAAAUGCCCAUUGCAAAUGCCUGGAAACACAGGUGUCAUGCACAGCAAUUAAAAUUGUGGUGUCUUCAAUAUAAUUUAAAUAGUUUGGAGGUAUGUGCCUAUAGUUUUUCUUCAAGAUAAAAACAUAGAAUAGAAACAGUAAAAAUAUUCAGGAAGGGUGCAGGAUAGAAAUGACUAUCUUUUAUGCACUAUCUAUAGAUGACCUCCACUGGUAGGCAUUUAAAAUGAGGCCAGGACCCACUACUUAAGUAAUGCCUAAUCUAGGUGUUUACAUAUAUUUAUUAUCCUAGUUAUUUCCUGUCAUUUUUUUAAUUACUAAA